AUGGUGCUUCAUUGGAAGGCGCCAACCGAGUCGGGCUGCCACCUAAACCAGUCGAAGGUCCUGCUCUCCACAGACUACCUGGAAGACGGUGCCCCUAUCAACGCCAGCGCACCCUCCAGCACCACCGUGGAGCUGUGGGGUGUACUCAGUGGCGAGUCCUGGACGCGAGGCCGCGACUUCUUCGGCAGGGGGGAGUCUGAGGGUGAGGAGUCCGUCUCCUUGAACGGCAGCGAGGAGGAUUUCGACGAAUCGAGAUGUGGAGACGACGACGAUGUGCAGGUGGAUGGUGACAGGUUCUGGCAAGAGAAGGAGCAGCUUCCGUUCGACGGUCUUCUGCUGACCAACGAGCAUGUGGGCCAGAUGCUAGUCCAGGAAGUGGCGGUCGGCGGAAACCAUUGCAUUCUGGUGACCGAUGCCGGCCAUGCCUUCGCGUACGGAAGCAACGGCAGGGGACAGCUGGGGCUCGGAGACUUCAGCUACGAGGAGCACGAUCCAUCCAGCCUUGCCCUCGCCGCGAUACCGCCGCUGAAAGGACCAGGCGCGCAGCCUCAGAAAAUCAUCGGCGCAGCAUGCGGAGGCGAGCACACUUUGCUUCUGACGAGAGAUGUGGAUGGCACGGCGCAGAAGGCCUUCAUCUGCGGGGCAUGGGAGGCCUGCGGUUUGGACAGCUGUCAGGACCGGGCCAUACCCACCCUGCUGCCGUUCGAGCACAGCGUCUCCGCAGUGGCUGCCCGCGUGGGAUGCAGCUGCUGUUCGGUGGCUGAAUCUGACACCCAGAAAGGCCAUCUUCUCUACCUUUGGGGUGAAGUCGAUUGCUGUCCUUGCCCUGAUGUGCUGGAUCAGCCGACGCCGUGUUUCCGACUGGAGCGACCAGUCCGGACACUGACACUU